UGUUUGAUCCUGUCUUCUCUGAUUCUCCCCUUCUUCCAAUGCCCCCCUCUUAUCUCCUGAUAAGACAUAUUGUGUGGAGAUACUCUGGACAUGCUCAAUUUGGUGUUUUUUUUUCCUUGGGAGAGUGCUUGUGAUCAGCACAGGGCCAAUCAGCACUGCCCAGAGGUCAGGGGUCCUGCAUCCUCCUACAGCAGAAAGAGAGCUCCUCCUAUAAGCUUUAACCAGUGCUCUGCUAGGCACUGAUAGAAGUCACAAGACUGCUAUAUACUGCUGAUGAGAAAAGGUAUUUAGCAGUUUAUAAUU